AUGGUCAUCACAAAUGCCCAAAACACUGCUUUCAUCACCCAGGAUGCUCAGAUGGCAAUUCCACCAGGAAUUUCCGCUCCCCAUCUGAAUCAGCAAGGCAUCACAACAAUAUAUUCGCUCAAGGAGUUCAAUGAUGGCAUGCUUGAUGAUAUUCACAAGCACAUCACAAGACAUGGCCCUCCAAAUGAUGUCUUCAGCGCCCUGUCUCUUUCACGCCUCAAGACUGCUGCCUCUGCUGUCCGAUUUUACCUUGCUACUGGCAGAGCAUUCACUGCAGCAUGUAUGAGAUGGACAAAUACAGUCAUCAUGUAUCAAGAGGAGCGUGAAGCACUGAAGAUUGACCAAGAGCGGGAAGAUCCAAAGGUACCAGGUGUCAGCAAAGCUUUUCCUAUCAUGAAAUGGCUUGCUGCCUUUAGAUCUGUCAUCCAUGAGAGCUAUGGUGUGAGAGGUUUUCCUCUUGGAUAUGUCUUGAGAGAAGACGCUGCUGUGCCAGCUGAACCAUCGCUUGCUCCGGAUCGACCAUAUUCUAUUGAACAUGGAUCGCUUGUUGCCGAAUUUACUGCUAGAGCAUCCCAUACUCACCCUAGGUUUCACCAGGAUAAUGCUCGAAUAUUUGCCAAGCUGGAAGAAGCGCUACAAGGGACGACUUAUGCCUCGUCUCUGACCCCAUUUGAGCAGACAAGAGAUGGAAGAGCUGAGUCAGGUUCUCACGGCUGGGUUCCAGAGGUCAUUACCAUUGAAGGUAGUGAGGAUCGCCUGGUUCAGGCCCUUCGUGCCGGUACCCUUCGUGCUGUGAGCGACGGUUCUUACAAAGCUAAAGUGGGCACAGCAUGCGCUCAAAUUCUCACUGAGGAUCGCAGGGAUAUCAUCUGGAUCACCUGCCAAACCCCUGGGAAAUUUGAGGAUCAGAGUUCAACGCGCAGCGAAUUGAUUGGCCUUAUGGCUUCUCUCCUGGUGUUGGAAUGGAUGGCUCAGCUUGUCCAACUGAAACUCUUUGCCAGCCAACCUUCGGUCGAGAUGGCCUGCGACGGUCUCAUCGCCCUGGAUAAGUCCUUCUCAGAAACUGUUCAGCCCAGGCUUAUCAACUUGAAACGGGGACAUCCUUUGGACUCUUGCAACAAGUCUACACCAACACGGCAAUCUUAG